GUAAGCCGGACGAGAUGCCAAGGGAAGGAAAAGUGCAGCGGGACGACAAGACUGGCCUGGCGGGGGAGAGCGUGAGUCUGUACUGCGAGGUGGACCGAGAGAUGUGUGGCAACGUGCACAGCAUGAAGUGGAGCAAGGGAUUCAAGAGGCUGUUCAUCUACUCAGAGGAUCCCUACGUGGAGAAUGCGGAGGGUUCUUUUUUAGGCAGGACGAUCUUCCACUACUCCAACGAGACGAAGAACAGCACCUUGGAGGUCUUCCCGAUGCGCAUUGAGGACGAGGGGGAGUACAGCUGUGAGAUCACCUUCUUCAAUGCCCACGAGGGUUGCGCGAUGGUGCAGUAUGUCAACCUCACCAUUCAAGCAUUACCGAGCUACCCGCAGCUGUCCUUCGAGGAUGGCUCACGAGUGCAGAACGCGACCACGGUGGGGCCUUUUGACGAGGCCGAGGUGCUCAUUCUUAACUGCGAGUCCUCGGGAGGCAAGCCGGUCGCGCAAGUCACAUGGUACAACGGAAGCCAUCCAAUUGCAGGAGAGUACUCAACCAUCAUGGACGAGGACGGCACGGGGACAGGCACAAACGUUCUUCGCCUCCCCCUGUCUCGGGCUGACUUGGGCACCACCCUGACCUGCGAGGCGAUGAACGAGGCCAUGGACUCUCCCCACAGCGCCUUCGUCACCGUGGAUGUCAAUGUGCCUCCUUUGUCUGUGAUCGCGUCGGGAGCUGAGUCGCCGCUGCAUGAGGGGGAGGAGGUGACCCUGGAGUGUGUGGCGAGGGGAGCCAGACCAAAAGCCAUCAUCACGUGGCUCAACGGAACAGUACCAGUGAAGGAUGCUGUGACGGAAGUUAAUAUGGAAGAGGAGUUUAGUGGGACUCGGAUGACUGACAACACGUACGAGUCCAGAAGUCGCCUGCAAUUCCACGCCACUCGCUUCGAGAACGAGAGGACCUUCACUUGCGAGGUCACCAACGUGGUCCUCGAAAACAGAAACCAGAAACCGAUGAGGAGAGAGGUCACCCUUGAUGUGCGGUACGUCCCCAUUGUGAAGGUGAGACCAGAGAACCUCACCGUGAAUGAGUCAAUGGACGUACUCAUCUUUUGCCAAUACAGCGCCAACCCCUCCCAGCUGACCCACGUGCAUUGGUACCAGGAUCUACGGCAGGUUGACGUCGCCGGGCAGCCAGGCAAGUACGGAAAUGGAAACGUGGACCACCCAUCACUGCUCAUCAAAAACACCUCCUCAUCAGACAUGGGAGAGUACACCUGCAGAGUCUCUAACGAAGUGGGAGCCUCGCGUGUCAUCAAUUCAGCCUACGUCAGCGUCCUGUUCCGGCCUCAGGUGCAGGUGGUGAUGGACCGCACGGAGCCAGUGUCUGAGGAGGACCGAGUCAACGUCACCUUGAUUUGUGAGGCGGUGAAAGCCAACCCGGUGGAACUGGUGAGGGUGCGCUGGUACCUGCAAGGCGAGCUGCUCAAGGAGUUGCCGGAGUGCGAUGGGAACGCAUCACUCUACGGCUCAAACUCGGAGCUGUGUGACAUCGACCCCGCCAGGAUGCUGCUCGAGAACGUCUUCAAGGAUUUCCACGGCAACUACUCGUGCGAGGGAAUGAACGAGGCAGGCUGGGGUCCGCGCUCCGCCGACGCCGAGCUGGUAGUGCAUUACGCCCCUGGACCAGCAUUCAUCAACAAACCCUCCUACGUGAAGAAGGGCACGUCGCUGGAGCUGACUUGCAACGUGGAGGACCCUGGAAGACCCGCCGCCAGCCAGUUCCGUUGGUUCCGUGGCAGUCACCUGGUGCCCGACGUGACCACCGCCACAUGGACCAUCAACCCCGUGUCCCUGGAGACGGAGGACAACUUCACCUGCGUGCCCUUCAACGUGGAGGGGGAGGGGGAGCGUGCCACCGUGUUCAUCGAUGUGCAAGCCGCCCCAGUGUUCAUCGACCGCCUUCCCCCUUACUACGGUGCCCUCAUGAGUGCCAAGAGGGUCUCGCUGUCCUGCCGCGUGGAGUGCUCGCCGCUCUGCUCCAUCGAGUGGCUGAAGAACGAUGAGCCGCUUCUCAACGACACCCACUACUCCAUCUCCACCCGCCGCCUGCCGCCUGACUCGUCUUCUGGUGACCUGGAAAGCGUCAGCUCGGAGCUCACCUGGCGGAUGGACAGGUGGCCAGGCGGGAUGCUGGACCGGGACCUGGACAAUGCUAACUAUACCUGUAACUCCUCUGGAAACGAUGCGGGCCCGGGCGUCAUCUCCCACACCUACUUCAGAGUGGAAUACCCGCCGGAGCAGAUCGUGGUAUCGGAGACGUACAUACAGGUCGGGGAGGGCGAGAUACCCCCGAAGGUGAUCUGCAAUGCUUCUAGCUACCCUGAACCCACCUACGUCUGGCAGCACGCGGGUCAGACUGUGUCCAUGGGCGCUGUGCUCAAUAUGGACUACCCCAUCAAGAGGAGUCGGGCAGGCGAAUACCAGUGCAUCGCUGAGAAUAGACACGGAGAGAUGAAGGCUGCUACCAACUUCGAUGUGCUGUUCAAGCCGGAGUGCAAGAUUGACCGGGAAGAUGGCGGCAGCGGGGAGGACGCGCACAUUCUGCUCAUUUGCCGGGCCGCUGCCAACCCCGAGGAGGUGGCGUUCAGAUGGCGACUUCUGAACGAGACCCUGACGCAGGACAUCACAUCAGAGGGCCUGGAGUCACGCUUACGUCUGCCAGCCACCUCGGAGUCCCUUGGCACCUACUAUUGCUACGUCAACAACACGCUGGGGGAGUCCAUUCCUUGCGAGAUCGAUGUUACAGAGAAACUGGCCGAUGACAACUUGAUCGUCAUCUCCGCUAUUGUCGCCGCCGUCAUCGUCCUCGUUAUCAUCAUCUGCGUGGUCAUCAUCGUCAUCUGCAGGCGACAGAGGCACGCUGGAAAAUACAACGGUACCAACAACUUGCAGGCGAGAGAGAACCCCGAAGGGACCUCGCCCCGCCCCGACCCCUUCUCCCCCGCCACUGUCCAACCUGUGCACAAGUGGCCGCUUCGCCCCGGCGUCCACGUGCACGUCAACUCACUCACUAGCCUGACUGACGACUGCAAACCCCUUCAUAACAAUAACACAGUGACAACCCUCUCCCCACCCUCCACCCAAGCCCCACCUCCACCCCCUCACCAUUCCCUCCCACACCAUCACCUUAACCACCACGCCAACCCUUACCACCAGCAGCAGUUACAGAAACAUCAGUACUCAAACAACCACAGUAAUCAUAAAGGAAGCUCCCACCACCACAAACACUCCCACGCCCUCCAGCCACACCAGCAGUACCCAACACUCGAGAACAAAAGGUCCGGGUCAUCCAGUCUUCGUAAAUUUAAAACAAACUCACAGACGCUCCCCCGUCAAACAUCAGCAGACAUUCCAAAGAGAGAGGAACGGAGCCCCUCCUCCCUCUCACACUCCCCAGCCUCCAACCCCAGCCCUCACCCCCACCCCCAACCUAACAGCCCACCAACUAACACUAACAACAGCAAAAACAAAGCUAAAAACUGUGACCUUGACGCAAACUAUCACACUGGGAACUCAGUCGUGGUACAGACCAAGCCAGACAGCAACGAGACCUCGACGACGGGACGCAAACGAAAAAAACCGGGUCAAGAUCCUGAAGGCAGUAAACCGCCCUCCACUGGCCACAAGGAUAAUGGAGUUCCAUCAUCACCCGACGAUGACACAAACAAACAGACUUUCUACGAGAACCUACCUUUCCACGGAAUGCAAGCUCCCCCUAACAAGGACGCCCCGGAAAACAUCGCGAGCACCUCCAUGGGCAGUCGACCGCCCAGCCAGUUGAGUCAGCAGGCUUCCUCGGGGUACGGGUCAACCCGUAGCAGAAAAGAUGACGUCACGCUUAUAAAGCCGAGCUCAGAGGAGAGCUCGAAAGUGACUGGAGGACGGGGCUCUAUCCCGAAAGUGGACGCCACCAGCACCGGUGUCCGUCGACAAAACUCUGAGUCUUAUGGAUCAAUGAGGAGUACGUCUGGCCGGCAGGCCAAGGGCCCGCUGGCCCGGACAGCAGCCUAUCUUUCGAUGCGGCUGCCUGGAGGCAAGAAGCGGGCGAGGGCGAAAGCAAGCGAGGACAGCCAUCAAAUGAUAGAAACACAACCGACCGUCAAGGCAGUGCCCAAUCAGACUCAGAACCAAGACCAAGCCAGAGGCGCUAGUGGGCCGCCACAGACCACACAGUUCACCUCUGAGACCAGACACGUGGUCACAUCGCGGCCAGAUCUCAACACAGUCACCGUGGAGACCAGCCAGAACUCGAAACUCACGGUCACCGCGCCUCAGGCCGAUCUAGAGGCCAACAACAACAACAUGUAUAGCGGCGCCUCUCGCUCUGGCGCGCCCUCCCGCGGACAUGGCAACGAGCGAUUCCAAGACCCGCGGACCUAUGACCCCGCGGGUACCGGCCUCCCCGUGCCGGCGCCGCGGAACGGGUCAAACGGUCGUGGGCACACCUACCAAAACCUCCCGACUUCUGUGCCCGCGGCAGAUGGCAGCGCGAGUGUUCAUCGGGCACCCCCGCCACCCUUUCCCCAGCCUGUAGUGUGUGAGAACCGAAAGACAGGCAGCUACGGAUCGGCUCAGAAUCCUACGCCUAGUUCAUCCUCCUCUUCCUCCUCUCCCUCUUCCAGUCACUACCCGACCCAGUAUCCUACCCAAUACCCGCCGCAGUACCAAAGAAAUCCUUCCCUGUACAAGCAGUAUCCUUCAUCCACAUCCCUGAAGGAGACACAACCAUCAGUCCCUUAUACCAAAUCAUCCAACUCACGCCAGUCAUUUUCAUCCUCCACGUUCCCGCACAGAAUGGAGAACCAAUCACAUCCUGCCACGUCAUACCCCAACACCACCCAUUCGCACACCGCCACGUCAUAUCCCAAUAGCCAAUCACACGCAUACCCGCAGCCCGCCAACACCCAGGCACAUCCACCCAAAUAUCCACCCGGUGUAGUAUAUGCAGAUCUCGCCUUAUCUCGUAAUGGUCAACCGAAUCACUACAGAAGAGAUCUCAAUACUGAAUACGCCAUCCUACAGUUUAAGGGGCCGGUUGUUGGACAAGAGAUCGACGUCUGAAAGCCCUUCAAAUCCAGCCUGGACGGGGGUGACAUGGAGUAUGCUGACGUAGACUACGCCACCUACAACUAUGGACCCAUCCCCUACAAGGCUGCCUCAGUCUCCAACGCCGAGGAGAAGAAGGCCGAGCAGGAGGCUGAAAUGAAAGGUGUGCCUGUCCGCCCUCCAAGGAAGAAGUAGUGAGCGGGAGGAAGGGACCAGCGGGAAGAAGAGAGGAUUACGUGCAGGACCGCAGGAGGAUCUUGGAGAGAAAACGAGAAAUGAGUGAAUAAAGUUGGAUAUUCUCUCUUUUUUUUUCCUGGUGUGUAGAGUUGAAACACGAGUGGUAGAUGAAGGUUCUUUGUAAAUGAACACCUGCGGGAACGAGGAAUACAAGACCAGGUGAAGAACUGCGAGAGAAAGGGAAGGGAAGGAAAAAUGAGCGAAAAGAAUGAGGUCCAACUGGAGAAAUGGAAAAGUUAACCGCAGAGGAACAAUGGAUAACAGAGGCACAGGAGAGAUGAAGAAAAAAAAUCAGGUUUACGGAAAUAACAGAAGCUGGUAAAAACAAAGCAAGGUAGCAAAGUGUGAAGGGCAAAGCUAUACCUCCUGCUAGUGCUGUGACGUCGUGGAGGCGCCGAGAAACCCACAGAGACCAAAGAACACUCGGUGGAAGUCGCCUCCUACCGGUCGGUGCCACGUUGGGCCGAGCUGACCAACAUCCCUCCAUAACAAGGGCGUUACCCAACCCUUGAAACCCUUACGUGCCUCAACCGAAUUCCUCACCACGGAAUCAGACGCUUUAUAAUGGUCACAUCCUCCUUAAAAGUCAAAAAGAAGAGGUUCGGUUGCCGGCCACGAAAGGAUCUCCGGGUUGCCAUGUCCUCGGUGAGUCCCUCUUCUGCGUUUUGUUGGGCGAUGUUGAAGGGGCGCCAAGUGCUUGUUGUUCUCACAGAGGCUGUUUGACGCACUACUAGUGUAAGAUAAACCCAGUGUUGUUUCUACGAGAUACACUUCUUGAAAAAAAAAAAAACAAUGAUUCAAGUCGCGUCGUCGAGUGAUAGAAAAAAUAAUGGAAACCUUUUAUCCUUGAAGACCAGUGGUUGUGGAGAGUUUUCGGGCUGAUUUUGGGGGGAGGGAAAAGUAGAUAGAAACAUUUUGAGGGUUCUGGGGAUGUGUUAGGGGUGUGGGGUUCUCUGGGGUUGUGUGCGACUCGCCCUCUCCUCUGGGACAUCCUGGUAGUCUGUCAACACCACCACGGGGCGCGUCUGCUGUUCUUCCAUGCAGUGUAAAUAGUGAAGAAGCACGAGUCACGAGUCACUGGUAACCUGUAGCACCGUCGGGGAUGUAAAGGUGGAGUACGCGUGCACUUCCCCGCCAGUGAAGAUAUUGAUAAGCUUUUAGUAAUUGAGUUUCUCCCUCUAAAAGCGUCCAGUGUGGUGUGUCGGGUGCUUGUGUCAUGAAAGAAAACUAGGAUGGACGGGACACGCUUCACCUUCGGCCGUGUUCUUCCAGUCUGUUGGUCGCCAUCAGGAGCCUCCGCGAACCUCGCUCUUCCUCGUGGUUCGUGCCGCCGUGACUGAGAUGACCGGUCAGUGCACUAGAGAAACACAGGCCGAGGGUCAAAAGAAAGUGAGGGAGGAAGACACAAGAACACGGGGGCGCUGAAGCUGAGCUGAAGCCGGGCAGCUUCGAGGGCAGAGCAGUGUAACCUUCACCUGUUUUCUACAGAGGCCCUCAUAGGAGGAACAGACACAUUCUCAAGCCCCGACAUGACGUGAUAUUGCUAGCGCCCCUCUGCCGCCACCCCCGCGGCCCAAUGAGGGAGCAGUCCUGUAUUCUUUUUUAUUAACAUUCUUUUUAUGAGGAGAGGGUGGUUAGCUACAAUAGUGCACACACACACACACACACACACACACACACACACACACACACACACACACACACACACACACACACACACACACACACACACACACACACACAUCUCUAGGGGGAGCCAGUCACGCGAGCCAAAGAUACAUAACUCAAAGCUUCAAGGGUCAGAGGGAGGCAGACGACCCGCCCCGCCUCGCGCUGCUCUCGGGCGCGUCGCCCCUGAGACACACGGGCGGCGGCCGGUCGCCCCCGUCCCCGGUGCUCCCCGGCCCCGCCGCACGCCGCUGAUGGGGCUCGCGAGUUGUUAGUCCAGGUUCACAGUGUUGACUCAGAGCCCCUGGCGCGGUGGCCGGUGACCGGCGGCCUGCCAGAACUACAAUUUUUUUUAGUUUUCUUGAUUUUUAAGUCGUCACUCGGAGCCUCCGUGCGAGGGGGUCCUGCCUUGAAAGUCGUCCAGGUGAGCGGACUAGUGAGGAGUGUUCACUCCCUUGAGGGAGACUCGCCAGGGCUGCGAGGCGGAGGCGGCUCCUCGCCGACGCAGGGCAGUGAACGUUCUGCCGCCAACGAGGACCAGCCUCAACACACCCGCCACGCUCCUGAGUCAGUGAGUGUGGAGUAUUUUGCGUCAUAAUGUUUGUUUCGUUGAUAAAUGAGAACCACCGCGAGACUUACUACUGCCAAGCAUCCCGCGAGUGUGGGGGGCCGCAGCCUCCCCGCGAGCCUCCCUCAAGGCAGCACGGCAUCAGCUUUGUACAUACCCUACGUGUAGCCCGUUGGCUCUCCUAGCUUACAUCAUAGUCCCAGUAAAUGUUUCUAGUUUAGUGUAAGGUAUAAAGAGAAAUUGAAAGGUGCCUAUUGUAUAGAGAAAGAAAAACGUAUAUUAUUAUUGUCGAAUUUCUGUAGGUGUCAAGCCAGUGUUGCAGAGAAAAUAAUUAAAACGUUUAAGAUAUACAUACAUUCGUUUUUUUAAGAGCUCUGUCUAGAUUUUAAUGAAGCGCUUUAGACCUCAAGAGAACGUGUAUAUAUGUGAGACUUUGUGACCACUUGUGAUAACUCAUAUAAUUACUACUAUAACCAAAACCUGAGGCGGCAAAUAGAACCAAAAUUAAUCGUAAAAAACAAACCAACCUAACCAACCCCGUCUUCUACAGCGGCGGACGAGGCUCACGGUCACUGCACAAAACCUCGUCGAGAGAAGAAAAAAUUGACUUGCUCGCCAUGUUCUUAGGUAUUCGUCCAAGCCCAGCGCCGCGUUGCAGAGCCCGGAGGAAGCAGCGGGACUCGGGCUUUCUCCUCUGCUAAUAUUAGGAAUCUUUCAUUUGUUCCUCACGUCCAUGCUAGCGAAUGGGAAACAGUAUUGCUGCACCUUUUCCUGCGGCUCAGUAACAUGCUUUUCUAUUGGUCACUAUUGGUAAUGCUACUGAAUUCAAUUUUCAAAAAGUAUCCCCUACCUUGCUUCCCUUUUUUUUCAAUUUCAAGUCUUUUCGUGUAUGGAAUAAUUUGAUUUCUGAUUUUUGUCUUCUUUCUUCAGGAUGAUUCUUUACAUAUCAAAAUGUUAAUAAAUUAUUACUGUAGCGCGACAUGUCCAAUACAUUGUACUCCUCGGAAGCCCCACCCUUGUUUCUUCCUUCCGUUGCUGUAGUGAAUUGAGAAUGUCUUCGUUACUACCUGUGUGUCCGCCAAUUCAGCGUGUGGGAAUUUGUUUUUCUCCCUCCCACCGGAACCCAAUGUUGUCAGUCAAGGUGUGUCAGUUACCAUUACAUAUGUUAAUUAUUCCUUACUUUCUUUCGUAUCUUUUCUCAUUCUUGGCUCGCGUCGGAAGGCAGCGAGGGAAAGAUCAUUGUCUAAGAGAGCACACACUAAACGUUCACUCUAGCUAGUCACAGUAGGGUAUAUAUAGAACGCAGGGAUUGUUAUGUUUGUACAGAGAGAGAGAAAAGAUGAAAUUAACUACGUACUAAACCGUUGUGUAUUUGGCCAAUCCUCUGAGCAUGUGAUUCAACAUCUCGUGAGGGCAACGCGAGGCCGCCAUGUUGUUAUUGUCGGGUUUGUCUGUUGCCAAGGCGAAGUGGAAAAAUAAAUUAUUAUUAAUACACAUAUACCUAACUUUUUAGCAUUUUUAUUUGUGCUUUCCUUGGUCAGUAAGCUUUUCAUCCUGGAUUGGCAACGAUUGAUAUUUUCUGUAAAAAGAAAUAAAAUGACUAUGUC